AUGACUAGAGAUGAUGUUACAGAGUGUGCACAAAACGAUAAAUUGAUAGUAGCACUAGGAGAAAUAUGGCUCAUGCAAAAUGUAGGAAACCGCCUGCGUAGAAGAAAUAUCACAAGUUUUCGAUUGCGUCUUGCUGGGAGACUAUUGUUACUGAUCAGGGAUAAAUUACAAUUAAUGGAGUCGACAAUGAGCAGUGUUCUGAUACCCAAAAACUUUGAUCUUAUUGUUGAGAGUACAUUGGAUGUUUGCAAAGAGAAUCAGGAGAAAGAGCUACAGAAUCCUAGUUCCGCUAUCAAAUUAGGAUAUGACUUGUCCCGUCUUGCCUCCUUGAAGUUGGGAUUCAGUAUCAAAGCCAGUGAUGAGAAACUUAAACAAGAAGCAACAGAUUUUCUGCGUCUGAUGCAGCUAGAAUGGAGUGUUAAAGUAACAAAACCUGCCCGAGUCACACUUGAAGAAAGACGUUUCAACAAAGAAAAAGAAUUGCCACAUCCAGAAGACAUUGCACAUUUGGCAACUUACAUGGUAGAAGCGCUGAAAACUCUUGAUUUGUCUGAACCUAAUGAAGCAAUAUUCAGAGAGGCAGUAAUUCUGACACAGGCUAGGUUGCUUUUGUACAACCGGCGACGUCCUGGGGAGUUAGAGAGCUUGAGAAUAGAUACCUACCUGUCAAGAGCCGAUCUAGAUGAAACGGACCUUUCUAUGCGGCAGUCCCUUUCAGAUUUUGAGAAAAAAUUGCUGAAAACACAAGAUCUGGUGGAGAUUCGUGGCAAAACUGGAAGAGGUGUUCCUGUUCUUAUUCCACUAGAAACACAGAGGGUGCUGGAAUUUCUCUCCAACAAGGCCUACAGAGAUAAAGGUGGAAUAAAAGCAGAAAAUCCCUACAUGUUCGCGAAUAAGAGCUCUGGUGUUGUAAGAGCUGGGGACAGCUUAAAUGAGGUGAAAGAAAGGCUGGGAGCAAAACUUAAGUACCCCAAGAGGAUAUUGGCAACAAACCUGAGGAAGUACACAGCAACUAUUGCACAUGUAUUGUGUUGA